AUGAAGGGCCGGGGCUGCUGGGAGCCGGGGACGGUCCGCUCCCUCUGCAACUCGGGCUGCCUCAGUAAACUCAACCGGGAUGACUCUGGAGACGAGGAGCCCACAUCCCAAUCGGACCGCAGUGAGAUUCAGGGCACCCUGAAGAUACUUGUCAGCAAGCUUGAUGACCUCAGUACAUGUAAUGACCUGAUCGCCAAGCAUGGGGCGGCCCUGCAGCGUUCCCUGAGCGAACUUGAGGGUCUGAAAGUCCCCGUAGAGGGAGGGGAGAAGAUCAAGGCAGUCAAUGAGAGAGCCACCCUCUUCCGCAUCACUUCCAAUGCUAUGAUCAAUGCGUGUCGAGACUUCCUGGACCUAGCAGAGACUCACAGUAGGAGAUGGCAGCGGGCGCUGCAGUAUGAGCGAGAGCAGCGUACCCACCUAGAGGAGACCAUUGAGCAGCUAGCCAAGCAGCAUAACAGCCUGGAGCGAGCGUGGAGAGAAGCACCCACGCUUGCAUCUAGCACACCCAACGCCCCUACCACCAACAAGGAUUCGUCAACAAAAAUGACGACCACGCCUAGGGAGAGUAGCAACAGUGCUGAACUUUCUCCAUUUGUAGACAAUCUGUCUUACCGUAGACACAUGAACAUCAAGGCUUUUAGAGAUACUUUUAAUACAAACUUGCCACCGUGUGAUGGCUCUGCUCCUUUAGAAUGCAGUUUUUCAUGUACUCACAAUGUAUAUGUCCUGACAGGGGGGAGUGAGAGGCCGCGCAAAGAAGAGGCGAGUGAUGAGGAUGAGGAUACUGAAUACUUCGAUGCAAUGGAAGAUUCCCCUGCGUUUAUCACAGUGACUGCCACUGAGAAUACACAGAACAGGCGAUCUCAGAGUAAUUUAAGCGGAGCGAGCGGAGGUCACUCCAACGACUGGAACCAGGACGACCAUAUGUCUCCAAGCUAUAAUGAUGUGUCAGGGAAGGAGCUGCAGCCCCGCAGACAGCGGCGAACUCAUGUCCCAGACAAACCUAAUUACUCCCUCAAUUUAUGGAGCAUCAUGAAGAACUGCAUUGGCAAGGAGCUCUCCAAAAUUCCCAUGCCUGUAAACUUCAAUGAGCCUUUGUCGAUGCUGCAGCGUCUCACUGAGGACCUGGAGUAUCAUGAGCUUCUGGACAAGGCAGCACGCUGCGACUCCUCCCUUGAGCAGAUGUGCCUGGUCGCUGCCUUCUCCAUCUCCUCCUACUCCACCACGGUCAACCGGACAGCCAAGCCCUUCAACCCCCUCCUGGGCGAGACCUACGAGCUUGAUCGCCUGGAGGAGUUCGGCUACCGCUCGCUGUGUGAGCAGGUGAGCCAUCACCCCCCUGCAGCUGCACAUCAUGUGAUUUCUCAACGAGGCUGGACCCUGUGGCAGGAAAUCACCAUCGCCAGCAAGUUCCGUGGCAAAUACCUCUCCAUAAUGCCUCUGGGUGCCAUUCACCUGCACUUCCACUCCAGCGGGAACCACUAUGUGUGGAGAAAGGUCACCUCCACAGUGCAUAACAUCAUCGUGGGCAAGCUGUGGAUUGACCAGUCGGGGGACAUUGAGAUUGUGAAUCACAGGACCAAGGAGACCUGCCAACUCAAGUUCUCUCCCUACAGUUAUUUCUCCAGGGAUGUUCCUCGGAAGGUGACAGGUGUGGUGGCUGACAGUGGGGGCCAGGCUCACUACAUCCUCUCUGGUACGUGGGAUGAUAAGAUUGAGAGCUCCAAGAUCAUUCAGAGCAGCCGAGGGGGAAGUGGAUCAGAGGGCAAGCAGAAGACUGUCUAUCAGACCUUGUCCCCUAAACUGCUGUGGAAGAAAUACCCUCUCCCGGAUAAUGCUGAGAAUAUGUACUACUUCUCUACGCUGGCACUGACCCUGAAUGAGUCGGACGACGGGGUGGGACUGACCGACAGCCGUCUGAGACCAGACCAAAGGCUGAUGGAGGAAGGCCGAUGGGAUGAAGCAAACUCUGAGAAGCAGAGGUUAGAAGAAAAACAAAGAGCUGUGAGGAGGAGGAGAGAAGCAGAGUGUGGCUUUUCCACUGGAGAGCGAUUAAAUGACAGCAAUUGAUUAACACCUUUGCUUCUUUCCGCAGGUAAAGAAUAUGAAAGCUACCAGCCAUUGUGGUUUCACCAGAGGAGAGACUCAGUCACUGGAGAGACAAACUUUGUGUACAAGGGAGGUUACUGGGAGGCAAAGGAGAGACAGGACUGGAGCAUGUGUCCUGAUAUCUUCUAAACAAGGAACUUUCCCCCCGGAUCACACCUAACCUCAGCGGACAGGGAACUGCUCUGCCUCUGGUCCUUGGGGCGUAGCUGCUUAUGAGCACCAUGUGGAGCUUUGUGAGCAUGAGAACGUGUAUGUUUCACACACUCUUGUAAUACACUGUACCUCCAAAUGUACACUCUCACUCUGUUUUUUCAAUGGGGAAGAAGAAGGGGCAUUCCCUAAACAGUCUUCUUUGACACUAUACAGAAACAGCAGUGAGAUCGUGUGUGGAUGGUGUUGGAAGUUGUAACACCACACACUAACGGCACCUGCACACUCCCUAAAUCAGGUGCUCCGUAAAUGCUACUCACAAUGCACUUUUCUGUGUUCACCCCAUUAUAGAGUUUUACAGAAUUGGACAGAAACCCAUGUCAAAGCAGCUCACGACUAUAGACUGACAACUAACAGGGACAAAAUCAUAAAGAGGCACAUAGAAGCAGAACAGUGUUCAAUACACAUGUAAGUAUUUCAGUGGUUAGCAGGGAAGU